AUGGGUCCGCCGAAGACGAGUGUAUUUGAACAGCAACCUACGAAGGUAGACGAGGAAGAGGAACAUGUUGCUGGAAGUGGUGAUCCUCGUGCAGCAGAUGAUUCAGCAAACAGAGGAACAAACAAUGAAGCUAACAAAGUUCGUGGACGUCGGAAGAGAGAAGUUCUAUGGUCUCUUAAGCCAGGAGUGGAGGAUGUAAUAGUAACGUAUAUUCCAAAGGAAGGGUAUGAUGUUACUUGUAAAGACAGUAGGUUACAGAACAGCUUAAAGACUGUUAUCGACAACUGGAAUAAGGACAAGGGAAAUCCACAAAAGGAUUGGGGUCAAGUGUGGAGUGAAAUCGAGAAUAGGGUCGAGCUACUCUCUAACUACAUAUCUACCAAUAAAGCAACUAUGGAAGAAACCCAUUGUAAAGCCCCUAAUGGAAAAGACAGCAGCAGCAACACCACCUCAUGGACAGAAGCUGAUACUAAAGCUUGUAUGCUCAUCACUGCCGGAUUAAAGCAUAUUUACGAAAUUAAAGAGGAUUCAAAUGAUAAGCAGGGAGGCGACUUAGCCAAGAAGAAUAAUAGAACAUUUAAACAGACUGCAGCCUGCCUCAUAUUAAAUGAACUCAUAAGGAAAAUGAAGGACAAGGCUAAUUCUUGUACCCAGAGGAUAAGCAUACAGGCAGGCAUAAACCAUGCCUUCAGUAAAAGUGCAGAAAUUAGGAAAGAAACUCCGUGUAAUGGUGAUUCUGACUGUUUUGAAUGCACACAGCAGGAUUAUUCAUCCUGUAAAAUGGGCAAUGAACAAGUGAGCAAGAAGUUAAAGGACAAAAUGGACAAGGACAACAAAAUGAAAGAAGCACUGGAAGACAUCUAUCCACCUUCCAACCCCUCCAGCUCCAAAACAGCCACUCUUGGGGAAUGGUUCACACGUUUUUCGAACAAUGCAACAGAAAAAGACGAAAAUAAUUAUGAAGAACUAAAACUUCUUUUAAUAUUAUGUGACGAGAUGAAGAGUACCCUUGGUGAUGAUAUGGAAAAGUAUAAGGAUUUCUGUAAUAUUAUGAUGAAAAACAUAAUGCUGACGACAGGCAUUGAAAAGCAAUAUAAAAACAAAGAACAGAAUCAGGGGCAGGGACAAAUGCCAUGUGCGAAGAAAGUGAAAGAUAUCCCACUAUGUAACCUGUUAAAAGCAUGGAUGUGGUAUAUGCACUGGUUUUGUGUUCCUACUAAGGUUAUAGAAUAUGUUCUUCAGGGGGCGAAUGAUGUAAGGACGUAUUUCAUGAAGCAAGGUGGGAAGUAUGUAGACUGCAUUUAUGAUGCUGCAUUUAAGAUUCCUACAGACGACAAAAGGUAUAGGGUAGGUGAAGCGGAUGAACUAUUUGGCACAAGUUUGUUGCAUACUAAGAUAAGAGAAGCAACUAACGAGAAAAAAUUGUGUGAAGACGGUAAAUGGCAAUAUCGGGACCGUGCUCCGGAGGGUUCAAUCAAACCACGAGCGGAGGAAGAGGAGGAGGAAAAAAUUAUCAGUGAUGAUUACAACUCAAAUAAAUUCAAAGAAAUUGUUGAGCAACUUGAGGAAGGAAUAAAACAGGAGGAAGAGGAAGAAAAGAAAAAGGCAAAAAUUUCAGAGUCUGUAGAACCAACAUCACCAUCCACCUCCCCCACCGUCUCCGACACGACUGCUGAGGAGAGUGUAGAGGUGGUAGAAGAAGACCCACCUCGAGAAGAACAUCUUCCUGAGAAGGAGAAGGAGAAGGAGAAGGAAGAAGACGAGGAAGAGGAGGAAGAAGAGAACGACCUAAAUACAAAGGCCUCUGAGCAACAAGACAUACAAGACACCCAGGGCGAGAAUUGA